AUGAAAGAUUGUCCAUGGUAUGAUCGCGGUUUUUGCAGACACGGCCCCUACUGCAAGAAUCGGCAUCGAAGGCGUGUCAUUUGCCCCAACUUUGUUUUCGGAUUCUGUGCAGAAGGCAAAGAGUGCAAAUUUGCCCAUCCAACAUUCGAGCUCCCAGCCGCCGAAAAUCCGAUCACCAAUAAAGCAAAAAUGCCCGUCAAGCACUGCCUCACCGACGCCGAGUUCAAUACCGCCGUGGCUGGCGCUGCCGGCAAGCCCUACAUCGUUGACUUCUUCGCUGAGUGGUGCGGCCCAUGCAAAAAUAUCGCCCCGGUGUUCGCGCAGCUGUCCAACAAGUAUCCCGGCGUCGAGUUCAUCAAGGUCGACGUCGACAAGUGCCCAGACACCGCCAUGGCCAACUCGGUCAGCGCCAUGCCCACUUUCAACAUGUAUGUCAACAACGCAAAAGUCGGAACACUCCGGGGAGCUGAUCCGAGUGCCCUUGAGGAGCUGGUGAAGAAGUAUGCUGAUGCUGGGGCGAGCGUUGACGCUGCUGGAUUCCUUGACCUGUCUUCAUUUAUCAACAAGAAUCAGUCCGAGGCGAUGAACAACGAUGAUGACACUCCGCUAGAUCAAUUUUUGGAAGGCCGUUGCAACUUGCGAUCAGACUGUGAUGAGCAAUUGAUUCUGUCGAUCCAGUUCAACCAGCCCGUCAAGAUCCACGAUUUGCUCGUCAAGGGCGCUGGUGAUCGAGCACCGAAGAAAGUGCGCUUGUUCAUCAACCUCCCAAAAACGCUGGACUUUGACCACGCGUUGGGCGCUGAGGCCGUGCAAGAAAUUGAGCUCGAUGACUCCUCGAAAUCAGUCGAUGGUCAAUCGGUCCCGCUGCGAUAUGUGAAGUUCCAAAAUGUGCAGAACAUCCAACUCUUUAUCGAGAACAACCUUGGCGGUGGUGAUGUUACCGAGCUAAGCGGUUUGAAGUUCAUCGGACAAACCCUGGCUGCCAUGAACAUGAGCGACUUCAAGCGUGUCUCCGGAAAGGCUGAUCCGUCCUCACUUUCCUACACUCUGUUCAUGCCCUCCGUGAUCUUUGUCUACAGUAUGAAAAGUAUGGUCUCGAAGGCGAAGCGUCGAGCAGCGCUGAAUUCGGCCGCUGAACAGGGCUUGACAACCCACGUGGAGAAGAUGGCGCAGGAUUUGCUUACUGAUGAAGCCUUCAGAGCUUACUUAGCCACUCUAAGCGACCCGCUGGCUUCGUUGGAAAUUUGUUCGGAAUGGGAACAAAUGGAAGUACCCGAAAUUGCGGCCGACAUUAUGCCGAUCAAGGAGUCGACGGUCAGCUCCUCUUUCAUGGCGGUCACUGACCUGUUGCCCCGGCCUUCUGAACAUCCCCAGCGUAUCCCGGCCAUCCCGCGACUCGAUAGAUCGAUUGGCGAAAAUGGCUUGAAAAAGAUGCGGUCACGGGACGUGCGGACGAACAAGCUGCUAGCCGGAACAGAUGGCAGGGGCAAAGGCAGCGCCCCGUCCCUCACCUCAAUGUACGAGAAGGUGACUGGUUUCACCGGCGGCUGGUUCGGCAAU